AUGGUGCAGUACGGCAAGACGACCAUGUAUGUGGACUUCGCCACGCUCAUGACGCACAACCAGGCACUCGCCACAGCGGUUCUGGAGGAGUUUUACCGGUUUGAGCCGUUCCUGCGCAAGGCGGUGCAGAUGUUUGUGCAGGUGCACGAGCCCAAGUACGUGAUGGACGAAGGCAAGCCCAAGGAGUUCUACCUCGCCUUCUACAACCUCCCCGUCAUCCACAAGCUGAGGGACAUGAAGGUGGAGGUGCUGGGCCAGCUGUCCGCAGUGAGUGGUGUGGUUGUCCGAACCUCCGAGGUCCGGCCGGAGCUGCUGUACGGCACGUUCCGAUGCUUGGAGUGCGGCGCGGUGCAGCGGAACGUGGAGCAGCAGUUCAAAUACACACAGCCCAUCAUAUGCAGUAACGCAGCGUGCUCUAACAGGGAAAAAUGGGCGCUAGAGCGAACGGAAUGUCAGUUUGUAGACUGGCAGAGGGUGCGUGUUCAGGAAAACGCAGAUGAAGUCCCUCCUGGGUCGCUCCCCCGCACUCUAGACGUGAUCUUACGGCAUGAGUUGGUGGAGCAGGCGCGAGCCGGCGAUAAGUGUAUAUUCUCUGGGACGCUGGUGGUGGUCCCAGAUGCGCUGGGUGUGCGGGAUUUGUCGUACCGGUUGGCGUUUUUGGCGUGUUCUGUGCAGUCGGGGGAUCAGGAGAAGCAGCUGGUGAAUAUCCGGGCGGAGGACGAGGAGGGCAGUGCUGUCGCUUCAUUCACGCCUGAGGAGCGGGAGGAAAUGGCCCGCAUGCGGGCAGGAGGGAACCUGUAUGAGCGGCUGGUGGCGAGUGUGGCGCCGUCGGUGUACGGGCAUGCAGACAUCAAGCGAGCCAUCCUGCUGAUGCUGUUUGGCGGGGUGCAUAAGAAGACCCACGAGGGGAUUAAUCUGCGUGGGGAUAUCAACGUGUGUGUCGUUGGGGACCCGUCCUGCGCCAAGUCACAGUUCCUCAAGUAUGUAGCUGGGUUUCUGCCCCGUGCUGUGUACACAUCUGGCAAGUCCAGCAGUGCAGCGGGGUUGACAGCGAGUGUGGUGAAGGAGCCAGAGACGGGGGAGUUCUGCAUUGAGGCGGGCGCGCUGAUGCUGGCGGAUAAUGGCAUCUGCUGCAUUGAUGAGUUUGAUAAGAUGGACAUCAAGGACCAGGUGGCUAUUCACGAGGCCAUGGAGCAGCAGACCAUCUCCAUCACCAAGGCAGGCAUUCAGGCCACACUCAACGCACGCACGUCCAUACUUGCUGCUGCCAACCCCACUGGAGGAAGAUACGACCGCUCCAAGCCCCUCAGAUACAACGUCGCCCUGCCACCAGCCAUUCUGUCAAGGUUUGAUCUCGUGCACGUCAUGCUGGACACGCCUGACCCAGUCCAUGACUACUCGGUGGCUCGCCACAUCCUCACGGUGCAUCAGAGCCGCGACCGGGCGCUACAGCCGGAGUUCUCCACGCUGCAGCUGCAGAAAUACAUCAAAUUCGCGCGCUCCAUCCGACCCGAGAUCACAGAGGAGGCUAAGACGCGGCUUGUAGAGGCCUACGUGUCGCUCAGACGAGGGGACGCUGCGCCUGGGUCGCAGUCGUCGUACCGAAUCACGGUGCGACAGCUGGAGGCGCUUGUGCGGCUGUCAGAGGCGCUGGCUCGGCUGCACCUGGACUCACAGGUGUGUGAAGCGGUGGGGAUGGGUGAGUGGGUGAAUAUCAAUGUAAUGUGGGGCGCUCAUGAGUCUAUCAGAGGCUCUGGCUCGCCUGCACCUGGAUUCACAGGUGGGUGA